UUGAUGAAUCCGCACCUAGCUGUAACCAAAUUUACUUCAAGAUUUUUUUCCCCAAACAUUAAACCUGAACUUAAAAGCCCACCACCACCAUAGAAACUUCAGAUUCCUUAUUCCUCUUACAUAGCCUCUGUCUCCAAAACUCACAACACACAUCUUACUCCCUUCUUUCACAAAUAACACUUCCCUGUUCUCUCACUUUCUGUCCAUUUUUCUUAGCUCAACAUUAUUCUUUCCCUUCAUUCAAUUCACAAUCAUAUCAAUGAAACUUCUCUUGUUUUUCAGAAUAUUUCUGAACUUCUUGUUCUUACUGUACCAACCCCUGAAAUGUUUUUCCUCUACCACUUUCAACACCCAAAAUAAUUCAUCAACGUUAAUUUUGGCACUAAAAACUCAAGAAAUGCCAUCUGGGUCCUUCCCUAGAUCUUCAAACAAGCUUCCAUUUACACACAAUGUAACUCUUACAGUUUCUCUUUCAGUAGGUACACCUCCACAGAAUGUUACAAUGGUACUUGACACAGGCAGUGAACUUUCAUGGCUACAUUGCAACUCAACCCGAAUCAACCAACCCGUUUUCAACCCGAACCGGUCAGUUUCUUACCGACCCGUUUCUUGCUCAUCACCAACUUGUACCACCCGAACACAAGAUUUCUCUAUACCAGCUUCUUGUGACUCCAAGAAUUUAUGUCAUGCUGUGCUUUCUUAUGCAGAUGCUUCAUCUUCUGAAGGAAAUUUAGCUAUGGAUACGUUUAAUAUUGGGGGGUCGAAUUUUUCGGGUACUAUAUUCGGGUGCAUGGAUUCGGGUUUCAGUAGUAAUUCGGAUGAAGAUUCAAAGACAACCGGGUUAAUGGGUAUGAACCGUGGAGCACUCUCUUUUGUUUCACAAAUGGGGUUUAAGAAGUUUUCGUAUUGCAUUUCGGGUUCGGAUUUUAACGGCGUUUUACUUCUUGGUGAGUCUAAUUUUACUUGGGUUUUGCCGUUAAAUUACACGCCGUUGGUGGAAAUUUCACUUCCUUUGCCUUAUUUUGAUAGAGUAGCAUAUACUGUUCAACUUGAAGGUAUUAAAGUUUCGGAUAAAUUACUUUCAAUACCAAAAUCUGUAUUUGUACCCGACCAUACCGGAGCGGGUCAAACCAUGGUUGAUUCGGGUACCCAAUUUACAUUCCUACUUGGUCCAGCUUACACUGUGCUAAGGAAUGAGUUUUUGAAUCAAACUAAGGCAACUCUUAAGGUUCUUGAGGAUCAAGAUUUUGUUUUUCAAGGUGCAAUGGACUUGUGUUAUCGUGUACCUGUUAACGCAACGAAGUUACCUGCAUUACCAUCGGUGAGUUUAGUAUUUCGGGGGGCGGAAAUAACGGUUUUGGGCGAGCGAUUGUUGUAUCGAGUACCCGGUGAAAUUCGGGAAAAUGACUCGAUACAUUGCUUCACUUUUGGAAAUUCCGAGCUACUAGCUAUCGAGGCGUAUAUUAUUGGUCACCAUCAUCAGCAAAAUGUGUGGGUGGAGUAUGAUCUUGAAAAAUCUCGCAUUGGUUUUGCUCAAGUACGGUGUGAUGUAGCGAGUCAAAGAUUUGGUCUCUAUCGUUAAUCAUAUGUCAAAUACUUAUAGUGUGUGUUUUCACUAUAAUAACAAAUUCAGUGUAAUUCCACAGGUGAACUCUAAUGAGAGUAAUGUGUACACAAAUUUAAACUUAUAUUGUGGAGGUACAGAGAUUGUUUCUGCUCGAGUCCGUAGCACCAAAAUAGAUGGUGGAAAGCAUGUUGAUGCAAUUAGAUUUUUGCAACUAGGUUUGAAAUGUGGCAAGUGGUCCCAAGAAAUUACACCGAUGCAAUUUAUGAAUUGCCAUACUGAAGAUGAAGGUGGGGUUGGUUUCAUGGCUAGAAUAUGGUUGGAUAUUUUAAAGAGGCUUUCAAUUUUGUACAUUACCUUUUUUGAGUUAAACAGAAGUUGGAUGGUUGAAAAUAGAUAUUCUUUGAGCUGGUUCAGCCAUAACUGUGGCUGAAAAUAAAGGGUGUGCUGAUUUUUCAAAGGCAAUUAAUAAUCUUCUACUAGAUUCUUGUCGUGUUCCGCGUUUUAGUCAUGUAUACUCAUUCAUUUAUUUUAUCUUUUUGUAGGGAAAUAUAUUGCUUAUUGUAAUAAAUCCUCUUAGUUGUUAGAAAUAAAUUUUCAGAGCCAUUGGUAUA